AAACAUUUCACAAUUUCCAACCUUCCCCUUUUUUUCUUGUUGAAAUCUCUUCAACUAAACUCAACUCAUUUCCACUUUUUUCAAAAUUAUUAUCAUCAUUUUUGCAAUCUCUUUUAUAGAUUUUCUUAUGUUUAUUUCUUGCCAAUCAUAAUCUUGUGAAAAAAAAAAAAACUUUAUAAUAUAAACUCAUCAUGACUCAUAAACAUUUACAUGAGUUGCUACAAGAAGAUCAGGAACCAUUUCAACUUAGAGACUUCAUCGCCGACCGCCGUACCCAACUCAAAACCACCACCACCACUUUCGCCGGUGCCGGAAAAACAUCACACCACCUUAAAAAACAAAAUCCCAUAAUUAAAUCAACCAUAAAACAUGUUUGUUUUUUGUCAUUCCAGGACUCACCGGACUAUAAAAAGUCACCGUUUUUUGAUUUUCCGGCGAAAGAUAUAAAAAGCCCAUGUGGUAACAAUGCCACCGUGUUUCUCAAUAUUCCGGCAAGAACCGCCGCCAUGUUACUUGACGCAGCCACCCGGGUACAAAAACCAAAACCUGGGUCGGGUUCAAAACCUCAAACCGGGUUCGGGCUACUCGGGUCUAUUCUCCGGCGGUUAAAAGAUCGGAGUUUGAGGACAAAAUGCCGUGAACUUGGACCGGUUACCGGAAUACCCAUUACGCCGGUGGUGAAAAGAAGCCGGAAAAAGACGGCGAACUCUGUCGGUGAUGAGAUACGGUUUUCAUAUUGGUCGGAAAAGUCGACGGAGAUGGAAACUUCAUGUAGUUCGAGAUCGAUUCAUGAAUUUGAAGAAAAUGAUCAGUGUUUUUGUUCUUCUAAUCCAUCUAGUCCGUUUCGAUUUUCGCUUCAAAAAAGUCCGGUGAAUAUUCGCCGGAAAUCUGAUUCUUCAUCGCCGGUGGCAUCUCCGAGCCGCCACUGCCAACAGGACAAACAAAGUUAUGAAGGUGAGCACCCUCAAGAAAUUGAUAGACAAGCCGACGAAGAAAAAGAACAUUGUAGCCCAGUAUCGGUACUUGACACUUUGUUCGACGAUGAUGAAGAACGUGACAGUGGGACUGUAGAAGAGGAUUCUUACGAUAUUGAAUGCAGCUACGCGAGUGUAGAAAGAGCAAAACAUAAACUCUUGCUAAAGCUUCAACGUUUCGAGAGGCUUGCGGGUUUAGAUCCAAUUAACCUUGAAAAGCACAUGCUAGAACAAAAAUAUGAAGAAGACGAGGAUGAAGAUGAUGUCGUGAACGAAGAAGUCGUGAGUAAUGAAGAGUUUGCUAGAGAAAUUGUGAGCCAUCUAGGAGUUGGAAAAAUCCCGUGGUAUAUGAAAAAGCUGGUAUAUGACCUCGUUGAUGAAGAGAACAAGAACAAAGAACCUCAAGUCGUUGUACAAAUGGUAUGCAAGCGGUUGCAUUCGUGGAAAGUGGUUGAAUUGAAUACAAUCGAUAUGAUGGUGGAAACAGACUUUAGAAGUGAAGGAUGGAAGGGGUGCGACGAGGAGAUCAAACAGACGGGGAUUGAUAUAACAACUGCUAUUUUCGGAUUCUUGGUGGAUGAAUUGGCUGAAGAACUUGUUAACUCUUCUUGGCAACAAGAUUUUCAGAUAAUAAUGUAGAAGUCAAGGAUUCCUUUUUUGUUUCUUCUUACUAAAUCAUAUAAUUUACUUAUAGGUAGGAAAUUAAAUGGAUUCUUUGACCUAUAAGUCAAUUCUAUGUGGCAAAAGAAACAAUAGAUUUUGAUGAUCAUUAAGGGUACUUUUGUUCA